AUUUCUUUUUCGACUUCCUGUCAUACUUUCUCUUGCUCUUACGUUGCAUCAUUUCUAGCCGGUCGGUUGCUGCAGCUGCUGGGCCUACGGGCAGGAAGACGAUGAUUCAGCAAGUCGCAGAGAACAUUAACUUUCCAGAAGAAGAAGAGAAGAUACUGCAGCUUUGGAACACACUUAAUUGUUUCCAAGAAUGUCUCAAACAGUCCAAAAAUAGACCUAGGUUUACCUUCUACGAUGGACCUCCAUUUGCCACAGGGCUUCCGCAUUAUGGUCACAUACUUGCAGGAACCAUUAAAGACAUAGUAACUAGAUUUGCUCAUCAGAGUGGGUUUCAUGUCGACAGAAGAUUUGGUUGGGAUUGCCAUGGUUUGCCUGUGGAGUAUGAAAUUGACAAAGCACUAGGCAUCAGAGGACCAGAAGAUGUUGCAAAAAUGGGGAUUGCAGAAUAUAAUAGCAACUGUCGAGGAAUUGUUAUGAGAUAUUCCCAAGAAUGGAAAGUCAGUGUUACAAGACUGGGACGGUGGAUUGAUUUUGACAAUGAUUAUAAAACUCUUUAUCCAGAAUUCAUGGAGUCUGUCUG